AUGAUUGACUAUAUGAAAAAAGAAAAACUAAUUGAACCUGGAUGUAAGUAUCUUUAAAAAAUUUUAGCUGAUAAGGUGAUAAUUGCAGGGAAGAUCGAAAGAAAAAUAUUUGAGAAUAUUUAAAUGGAACCCAUAGAAUAAGAAUAACUAAACAAUUUAAAGAGAGCAUUGAUUAACAUUCCACCUUUGCGAUUGCCCAAAGAGUAAUAUUUUAUAAUAUUGAUAUAGAUGGUAAGAUAGUGAUUACUUAAGAAUUCUAUCCUAUUGUGAUUAUGAAAUUACAAACACCAUUCAAGUAUUAUUAUUAUUGAUUAACUUAAAAGGUUUUAAAGCAACAUCUUUUAUGGAGAAAUAAUAUAAAUUUAUCAAAUCCUCCAAAUUUCGUUGUGGUAUAUUUUUAAUUUCAUUAAUAAAGUUAAAUGGGGCUAUUUACAUACAUUGGCAUGAUAAAGGUUUUCGACCAGUAAUUAUAAUUGACAUAAAUAAAGCACUCCAAGUAAAAUUUUAGUUAUUUAUUAUUAAAGUACAAACUCAAAGAAUUUAAAAAUGGUUUUGAUUAUUUAUUUAAUAUGCUAAUUAGAGAUAUUUUAAUAUCUUAUUAUGUUGAAUCAACAAUAAUUUUGAUAGAUUUAGGUAAUCUAAAUUAAUAAAUACAUCUUAUUACAAAUGAAUUGAUGGAAUUUGUGAAAAACUGUGAAAUAAAUUAUUAUGGUAGAAUCCACAAAAUUUAUAUCCUUGAAGAUGUUUACAAAUUUUUAUUUAAUAGAGUAGUUUAAGUUUUAAAACCUUCAUCAUAAGAUAAAAUAGUCUUUCUUUAAAAAAAGAACCUUAAUCAGUUAACUAAUUAAAUUGAUGAGAAUUAAUUAGAACUUAAAUUUUCAGGUUUGUAACCUAACAUUCAAUCAAAUUUUUGGUAACAUAAUCAAAAUUUAAAUUAGGCCUCCAAAAGAUCUGCCUAAUGUAAAAAUUAAAAAAUUUGAUAAAAAAGAUGAAGUAAAAUCAAACAUGAGUAACACUGAUGAAAAUCUCUCUAAAUCCUAAUUAAUAUUAUAGAAAAAUCGUCCUGAAAGUAGUUAAAACAGUUAGCUCUUUCUUCAAGUUUAUAAUGAGGAAUAAGAAGUUAUUAUAUCAGAGAGUCAUAUUAUAGAAUUUGCUGACUCUUUUAAUAACUUAGAAUAUGUAUAAAUUAUUGUAUUCAUAUAAGUAUCCUGAUUCUCAAUUUUAAUCUUCAAAAAAUAAUUGUUAAAAAUUCUAAGAUACCGCUCCAUUAUAGUCAACAACAAUAAAACCUCGGGAUUUAUAAAGGUUAGAAUCAGAAAAUUGGAGUAGCUCAGAUUUAUAAAUGAGUUCGAAAUUUAUUACACAAAAUUAAAAACAAAAUCCUUGUUGUUAGAGUUCUUCGACAUGUUAAUUAAUUUGA